AUGGCAGCAAUAUCGGAGUUGUUCCAGAGAUGUCAAGCACAAUUCAAUUCAACAGUCAAGUUCCACGCGCUUUCUAAUUGUCUUGAGGUUCCCUUACAAGAAUGGAGGGACGAACUGGGCCGAUUUCGCGUGUGGGCAGCAAAUAUCGGUGCUCAUCAGACCCAUCUAUCCUCUCUAGAAUACCGUCUUAGGGAUGCUUCUCAUAUCAAGAUUCAGGUCGUGACGCUCUUGAAUCAAAUACAGGAGCUGCUGACCGACCUCAAGGAUGUUCUUGAGGAGCAAAAUGAUAAACGAUCCCAAACUGAUGCUUCGGACUGCCUGGAAAGUCCCCCGGGACAUGAGAAGUUCACACCAGAGAUCCAGGAAAUUCACCAAGGCCUUGUUGAGACAAACACACAACUCUACCAGAUUUCCAUGAUCAUCCGUAAACCGUCCCAGCACGACCGCUUGGUCGGAACAGAUAAACUGGAUUCGCAGCCAUUUCGAUUCUGGGCUAGGCAGCAUGCCUCUGACAAGUACCCAAGUGCGGACACGCUAGCUAUCGAUCGCAUCAGUUCCGCAAUGGCACAACAAAGGGGAGUCUUGAAAUAUCGAGAAAGACAUCACACAAAAUUGAGUCAGGGAAUUGAUCUUGAGAAUGAUGGCAAAUCAACCAUACUAUCGGAAACGGUCGUGACAGACCUGUUUGAGGAGACUCCUGGUCAGUUGAGCGACAUGAUCUCUGAGGCCGGUAUGUCUGAAACUUCAUACGGAGGCACCCUGCUCGAGGGCUCUGGUGUAAAUGCACCAAAAAUACCACCUCUUCCAAAGAAGGGUGGCGAGAACCAACCAUUUGAGUGUCCAUACUGCUUUUACAUCAUCACAGCUCGGGAUAAAAGAUCAUGGGCGCGACAUAUUUUCCGCGAUUUGAUGCCAUACGUCUGUAUUUUUCCGGGUUGCUCGACACCCAAUAAGCUCUACGAGAGCCGUCGGGAAUGGUAUCACCAUAUCAAACAAGCACACGAUUCAAUAUUAGGUACAAAUGAGACUUAUGACUGCGCUAUCUGCAGGCAGUGCACCCUUCCCACUGCCAACUUUCAGCGACAUGUGGGUCAACACCUGGAAGAGCUUGCACUCUUCUUACUGCCACGGACAGAAUCAGAAUCAGACUCGGAUGAGAAAAAGGCUGGCAGUUUUUCCUCCUUCCACAUGAGCGAUGCGUCUCCCAAAAACUAUCCAGCAGGAUUGCUCGUAAAGGAGGGCAAUGAUAUGAAGAGUGCAACAGCAGUAACCUCCGAUUCUGCUCAUAGUGGCUCAGGACGAUAUAGCACCGCCAUCCUGACAGCUCUCGAGGGUACCUAUCCGCCUGUCCCAAUCUCACGACAAGAUAUGGACACCGUCGAUCACAAUUGGCGCUCUUUGCUCCGUGAGUUUGUGCGAGAUGAGAAGACUGAACGACGUAUGGAGGGUUUUCUGAAUAGACUAGAUAAAGGAAUGAAGGAGAAGUUGGCGGAAAAUGAGGCGGAAGUGAUGGAAGAGAUUGAAGAAGAGAUGGAAGAGAUAGAAAAAAUGUUAAAACUCGAGAAGCCUAGGGAAGUCGUGCUGCAGCAGGAAGAGGCGGGGAGGGAGAAUAUUAAUGAAAUUGAAGAGGAGAAAUGGCAGAAUGUAUUGGAGGAAGUUGAUUUUGAAGAAUAG